AUGAAGACUCAAAUGCUCUCCUCCAUCGGCCUAUUUGCCGCAUCUGCUGUCGCUCAAGCUGUUUUGAACAGUGGAACUGGCUUUGGAACCCUUUACUACGACGUUGUUGAUGUUGAUGGCUGUCAAGACGACUUUUCUAACCAAAACCUUGGAUUUGUCGAAUGCAACUUUUUCACUGGUCUCUCACUGGAUGCGAUUAACAGUGACAACCUCGUUGCCAUGAACCACACUCUGCUGGCCGGCGAUUUGGCCACGUAUUGCGGCAAGAAAGUCAUUGUCACCACCAAUGGCGUUCAACAUGACCUCGACCUGUUUAUCGGUGAUGGCUGUGCCCGAUGCGCCGGCGGCUCCAGCAACAACGGCGUUUGGAACCCUAACGGUGCUCCAGGAUUGGAUUUCAGCUUCACUGUUGCUCAACAGCUGAACAGCAACGCGUGCUUCAAUGGUCACUUUGAUCUUAGCUGGGAAAUCGUUGAUGAGACCCUUUACAACUUCGACACCAACGCACCAGGUCAGCCUACCGGUCCCGUAAACCAGCGCCGCUCGGUCGACAAGCGAUCUGAGAGAGAUAGCCGCCGCCGUCUUUAG